AUGCACAAGAUAACCAAGGGAUUGAAAAAGAAGAAAAAAGGGAAAAAAAGCAAAAAAGGCGACGACGAACUAUUCAAACCCGAAGAACUAGAAAACUACCGUAAGCAGCACCAAAGUGGCAGCGAAGAACAGACUGUUCAAAACGAAGAGUGGAAGAAGUUCUUGACUCUUACUUCGGGCGUCGAUGACAUACUAAAGAAGACCCAAGGGGACCUAGAUCGCAUCAAGAGCACCUCGUUCUUCCAGCGGAAACCCACCGAAAGCGAGGUCAGGAAAGUCGAAGAGGAAAAAUUAGCUGAACAGAAACAACGGGAAGAAGCCGAAAAGGAGCUAGAACCACCUACUGCAGCUGAAUUAGGUAUCGUAGAAGUUUCCGAAUCCGAAUCCGAAGAAGAGGAAGAUGACAACAUCUUCGACACCGCCUACAUUGACGCGUUAGCAGCGGGAGAAGUCAAGCUAGCGUACAUCCCCGAGUCUCCGCCCGACAAAGCAGAGGGCGACGACCCGUUCGACACCUCCUACGCCGAAAGGGCCAUCUUAGGACCCGAAGUCGAGCGCAAAGGGAAGAAGCUCGUUCCUCUCGGCGCCGCCGUCGAAGUUCUCACCGGUAGAGUGCAAUUGCCCACUUGCGCGACCAAGAGACCGACCAGCAAGAGGCAGAUAUUCAAGCAACAGGAUCUCCUGUUGGGGAGCUUCGACGAAACCGCGACCAAUCACGCUGCUGUCGGUGAUGCGGUCGUUGAAGAUGUGCCCAAGACAUUGCUAGACGAGGAUCCGGUUCCGUUGGGCGACGAACCCAUCGAUUUGAGCAAGCCGAUACCUUAUCCUCAGGCGGUACCUGUAGCUUCUACUCCGGAAGCGGAUAAGAAAACCGGUAUCAAAGAGGAUAUUAUCAGCGAGUUUGAUGUUAUCGCGCAGAAAGUCGAAGACGACGAUGACGAUAUCGAAUUCGAAGCACUAGCUGCGGAAAGUUUGCACAAACCGAAGACUAUUAUACAAGAAUUACCACUUGCCGUUGUUCAAGAGGUUCCAUUAAAUUCUGAUAACAUCAAAUUUGGAGCAUUUGGAGAAGAGGCGAAAAAGGACUCCGACGAGGACCUAUUGCCCGACGCGGACGAUCCCUUCGACACCGCUUUCGUGGAGAAAGUUCUACCGAAAUCCUCCGAAGAUACCUCAAUUACCAAACCACCUGGUAUCGAGAGGAAGAGACCACCAAGGCCAACCAAAAACCCCGUUACAAAUAAUCGACUUAACUUCAACACAGCAGAAAAUACAACCAGCUCGAGCAAAGCUUUGGACCUCCUGAGUGGCACCACGCCGGAUCUGCUGACCACAUCGACCAACGACGGUUUGAGCGACGAUGAUUUCGACCCGCGGGCCGACGAGCCGCCCAGGGAACGCGCCGUUUCCCGCCCGGACGUGCUGAACAUCUCCAACGCCAAGACAGUGUCGUUCGAUUUGCCAUCGGCCGACGCCACCCUCAGCGCCGAAUCCAAAGUAAUCAAACCGCUGACGCCGUUCUACACGAGGAAGUCCUCCAUACCGGAGCUACCUGCAUCGGACGAUCCCUUCGACACGUCCUUCGCGCAGAACAUCACGCCCGGAAAAGCCGAGUUGCGGAUAAUCGAAAGCGAGUUGAUCCACGAAAACUCAAACGAUGUGCAACCGAAGAAGGUGGACCAGGUGGUGAAGACCAUUUGCGAGAAUUACAACCCGAAACCGGCGAGUGUUGCAUCAGAGUCCAUCGAUUUGCUGUCGAUUGAUAGAGAUAUACCCGUUAAAGUACUAACUCCUGGCGCUUUGGCUGCCGAAGAUAACGAAGAAUUGAGUUAUCGCGACCCAUUCGAUACAUCUUCUGUCGCCACCAAUAUAUUACCGGGCAAAAGCGAACUGAAACUCAUAGAAAGCGAGCUAAUAGACUCCGGGAGAGCGAUAGAAAAAUCCGACGAUUUAUUGGUGCACAACGCCGACGAAAUUAUCGAGAAACCUCUAUCUCCGGCUCCAGAAGUGAUCGAAUCGCCGAUUGAUAUCGAAAGCGAAGACUACGACCCGUUCGACACCAGCUGCGCCAGCAAUCUGCAACCGGGCAAAGCGGAAUUGAAGCUGCUGGAAUCUGACGAGGAGCCGUACGUCUCUCCGAGCUCCGCCGGCUCCAAUCCGUUUCUGCUCGAUGAUGGAGACGAACAAAUCGACGCUGCAUCGGGAUUCAACGACAAUCCGUUUUUGUCCCAAACCGCCACCACCAUGGCGAACACGAACCCGUUCAGCUUCGAUCCGAUGGAGCUGGAACCCGCCGAAGCUGAAAUGCCCGGCAUACCGGCGGUGAAUUUCGAGCAAAACAUUCAGCAAGAUGCGAGCCAGCCGAGCAGCCAAAUUGACUCUAUUACGACGGAUUUUUUUAGUGAUGACGUUCCGAUAAGUCAAAGUGUGGUGGAAGCGAUUGUUCCGCAAAAACCGUCGGAUUUGGAUUUGAAAUAUUCGCAUCAAACUAACGCUAACGGGCCGCCUAGGCCGCCUCCGCCUAGACCGCCUCCGUCUAAAGAAACCCAAGACUUGUUGAUGUCUGUAAUGGGCGCCAUGGAUGCGACUAGUUCUUCUCUACUAGGAAAAAUUCCACCGACUCGCUCGCCUAGUCCGGUUAAUAUGAGAGACCUUCACUCGCCUAGUCCCACGCCCGAACCCACUUUCGGCGAUCUCUUGGACGUCGGCGGUAAACCUCAGGAUUUACUUUCGUCGGAAGAAGUCAACAAUUGCGACAUAAAUCAAAAUCCACAACAAAAUUCGAACAGCUUCCGUCAGGCUGCGCCGAUGGUUGUUCAAACUCAGGUAAAGCCUCCAAAACCUCCGCCACCGGUACGUCCUCCAAAACCACCACCACCAGCUGUAGUCAAUCAAACGCCCAAGCCGCCUCCACCGGCUGAAAUCAAAGCGAUCGAUGAUAUUGACGACAUGUUCGGCGUAGCGGAACCGCCGAAGAAGAAGGAAGUCACCAAAGCGGACAUUCUCAAUUUGUACAACGCCCCCAAACAAGAACCCGUCAAAGAUUUGCUAUCAGAUGAUAUCAUAGAGCCUGAAAUUCCUGCGCAGCCCGCUGUUGUGACUACAAAUACGAACCCGCCGGAUGAUCUACCUGUAAAGGCGAAUUUAUCACCUGUUGCACAAAUUAACAACGAAAACUUGAUAUCGUCGGAACAGUCCCAGGAGGACUUACAAAUGGAUAUUAGCGACAACCACAGCAAAGGAUCAGUCGGUAGCGUCACUUUUAAUCCAUUCGCUACUGUAGAUGAUUUUACCAACACGAUUCAACCAAACGUCGAUAAUUACAAACCCGAGAUUAACCAAAACGUAGAACAAACCACAAUGGAGAUUAUCGAUAACACGGAAACUAUCAUUCCGAAAGAAACUUCCCCUCAAUUCACCAAUGUGAUCGAACCGGCUCCGAUACCAAUACAAAACGAUCAAUUUGGAUUUCACAAUCAAUCUACUAAUAUUUUCGGCCCUACCAUAACAGAUAAUUUUAAUCUGGGUAGUACUGCAAUCGAGAAAUCAUUCGCAACAGACGCUUUCGGAGUGAAGGACGAUUUCGAUGAUUUCGAGAAAAAAUUCGAUUCGGUGAAGCAUGACGAUUUCUCGCUGGUGAACAGCGCUUGGGGCAAUGAAACAGUAACCUCUGGUGCAGUUACAUCAGGUUUUGGGCAAGAUUCAGGAUUUGAACAAGAUGGUUUCGAUGAGUUUCUGUCGCUGCAAGAGCCUCCCAAUGUACCCCAAAGCACGCCUAACAGGAUCAGCAAAACUGGAUCAUUGGAAUCCGACGAAGAGAAAGAUUUCUCAGUAUUUAUAAGGCCAAAAGGAAACGAUGAAGUGUCUACAGGUAUUCUUCCAACAAUCGCUCCUCCACCAGCCACAGUGACCUCAUCAUUCGGCGAUACUUCCCCUAGGUUCAAUCCCUUCGAUAGCCAAUCUGAAGUCCAACCUGCGCCUGUUGUGCCAACUGAUGUUCCAUUUGCUCAAGAGAUAAAACGAUCUGAAUCUCAAGUAACCCCACCGUCUCCUCUAUUCGACGAAGAUGUCUCCCAGCCGUUGGAGCCCUUCCCGAGAAUCAACUAUACCGGAGAGGGCUGGGAGAUGCACCUGAGGCAGCCCAAUAAGAAGAAAAUCACCGGUCAGCGGUUCUGGAAGAAGAUAUUCGUCAAAUUGCAACAUUUACCCGACUGCGUUUUGUUGCAACUGUACAAUCAAAAAGACGACAAGGAUCCUUUCCAGGAACUUCCUCUACAACCUUGUUAUUCGGUUUCCGACAUAGGCGCUCAACAGUACGACCAAUUCGGGAAAAUAUUUACCCUCAAAUUGCAAUAUAUAUUUUACAAAGAACGUCCGGGAGUUCGACCUGGUCAGGUCAAGAAAGCCGAAAGGAUAACCAACAAGAUCAGCCAGUUUGCUGCUUAUGCCAUUCAAGGGGAUUACCAAGGUGUCAAGGAAUUCGGUAGCGAUUUAAAGAAACUCGGGCUGCCCGUCGAGCACGCUCCUCAAGUGUCGCAGUUAAUGAAAUUAGGCUCUUUGAACUACGAAGACCUGAAGCAAUUCUCGUUCAGCAUCGAGGAGGCUCUAUUCAAGCUGCAAGCACAUCGGGAUAGAGCGUUGCAUUACAAAAUGGAAGAGGUCCAAAUCACUUUGGUGGACGAAUUAUACGUUGAACAGGAAGCUGACGGCCACAUUCAAAAGCAAAUAGCUAGAGUCCGAUUGUUCUUCUUGGGAUUUUUGACUGGCAUGCCUGACGUUGAGCUAGGGGUGAACGACAUGCGAAGACAGGGUUUAGAAGUUGUAGGUAGGCACGAUAUAAUUCCCGUGGAAACUGAGGAAUGGAUUCGAUUAGAAGAGGUUGACUUCCACUCAUGCAUACAGCAGGAAGAUUACAACCAGACACACAUAAUUAAGUUUAAACCGCCAGAUGCUUGCUACAUAGAAUUGAUGAGAUUCAGAGUAAGGCCUCCGAAAAAUCGAGAACUUCCCUUACAACUCAAAGCUCAAAUAUGCGUUACAGGGUACAAAGUAGAACUUAGAGCCGACGUGCUAGUCCCCGGAUUCUCUUCCAGAAAACUGGGACAAGUCCCCUGCGAGGACGUCAUGAUACGUUUCCCCAUCCCGGAGUGCUGGAUUUAUAUGUUCAGAGUGGAGAAGCAUUUCAGAUACGGGACCGGGAAGAUCAAAGGAAUCGAAAGGAUAUUAGGAACGAUGGAAACAUUGCAGGAAAGUUUGAUAGAAGUCACCUCGGGUCAGGCCAAAUACGAGCACCAGCACAGAGCCAUCGUGUGGAGGUGUCCUAGGUUACCUAAAGAAGGACAAGGAGCUUACACGACGCACAACAUGGUAUGCAAAAUAGCCCUGACCAGUUACGACCAAAUGCCGGAAAAAUUGGCCGAGUACUGCUAUGUGGAGUUCACCAUGCCCGCCACUCAAGUGAGCCAUACGACUUGCAGGAGCGUCAGCUUCCAAAAUUCCGACAGCGACGAACCGCCCGAGAAGUACGUCAGGUAUUUGGCCCGGCACGAAUACAGGGUAGGCAUAGAGCAUACAGAAGGCGAGAAUCCCAACGCCUACGCGUCGGCUACAUACGUUCCCAAGCCGGCUCCUGCGGCUCCUGCGGCUCCGAAUAUUCCUGCUAAAGUGGCGGAAGAGUCGAGUUCGGAUAGCGAAUAGAUUGAUCUGAAGGUGUAAAAUAACAUUGUACAUAAAUAUCAAGGCAGUUUGGUUUGAAGGCUAUAGUAAAAGCACAUUCAUUUAGAGCGCUGAUAACUCAAAUUAAUUGAAUUAUUUUGUAUAUAUUCGUAGAAUUUAAGAGCACACCGAAGCAAACUUAACUUGGAAAUAUAUCUAAUAUUCGGGACUUCAGAGGACUUCGGUCUUUGUUAAUAAAAACUGAAUGUAGUAAAAGAGUAUUGCUUCCAAAUAUCCCUUAACAAUUCAUGAGUGUUACUUAUAUGUAUAAAAUAAGUUAUGAAAGACUCGAAUAUUUAAUAAAUAAAUGUGUUAAUAUACAGAAAAAACUAUUUAACUAGUCAUUAAAAAAUGUAAAGGAGAAUGGUAUUUUAAAAUUCGCUUAGCUAUAAACAAUAAAAUUGUUAGUUUUGUAAAAAAUAUAUAUCGAUCAUAGAUCAUUAAAUUAUUUUGUUAUUAUAGAAUUUAUACACAGGGUGCGAUUAUUUACAGAUUAUUCUUAAUAAACGCUACUCACUGUUCCAUACAAGUGUACAUUUUUAAAUUAAUUUAUUCUUCGUGGCUCGACAAC